CAAGCUAAAUUGUUCUUGUGUAUAGUGUAUUAUUUAGUUCAUACUGUCCAUUGAAUAAAAUUGUAUGAAAUAUUUUUCUUCAAACAAAUUUAUACAGUCAUGGAAGGUAUGUAUAUUUUGUAUUCUUUAUUUUAAGCUAGUUUUUACUUGUAUAAUUAAAGUUAUUAUAUAUGAAAAUAUUAGAUAAUUUUUUUUUUUUUUUUAUUAAAAGGUAUGAAAAAUAAGUAGAUCAUAGUAGAGGUUAUGUAUUAGUAUUUUAUUAUAGCUUUAUAUGUCCUCUUAAAGAAAUUAUUUAGUUUUUUUGCGGUAAUUUGCGGUUUAUCAUUUUAGAGCCUAUAUUAACAUUGUUUUUGUACAUAAAUUGGAGAAAAAUUGAAUUUUAAAAUAAAUAAAACAAACCACAAAAAUAUUUUACUUUAAAUAAAACAUUUAACAUAUAAUACAUUUUACCUUGUUUUAGAUAAUAAUAUUUUAAUUAAAAACCAAAAUAUUUUUGAAAUGUUGAGAAAUAAAAAAAUAACAAUUUCGAAUUCAACCGAUUGUCAGGAAGCAAUUUUUUUAUACAUCCGUGAGAUCAUUGGUGAUAAAUGGGUCACGAUGGAGCAUGCGUUUAAUGUAGCAUUAAAACAAAGAAUAAAAGGUUUUAUUACCACCCUUAUUAAAAAGUGGAGUAGUGCAGGUAGAAAUUUAAAAACUUUUCAGUUAAAAAACAAAAUCUGGCUUUCAUUAAAUUUUAAUAUAUUUGGAGAAAUUGAGACUAGAGAAAGUGUACAACAACCAUCUACUAGUACUGGUCGGGGCCGUCCAAAAAAACUAUUUUCGGAAAGUUGUGAACGUACUAAGAGAAGAAAAACUAAAAAUUUGGCUACCGGAAGCACUACUCCAGAAUUGUCAUAUGCAACUUGUACAAGACUUCAUAUGUCCGGAAAAAGAACAGCUGCUAAUAUAAUUAAAGGAGCUAUUGCAUCAUCACCAAACACCAUACGCAGGGUAAAAAAUUCUUAUAAAACUGAAAAAAAAAUCGAAAAAUAUACAGCAGAAGAAAGUUUGGCCAUUUUAAUCGACAACAAAAUGAGUGUAAAACAAUAUAAAAAUAUUCGAUUAGCGGCAAAAGAAAAAAAAGCGAAUAUUUUUGCACCGUAUGACCACGUAUUAAAUGCAAAAAAAAAUUGCUAUCCAAAAAAUAUCCACAUUACUGAAACAUCAUGUGAAGUGCCUUUGCAGGACUUAUUAGAUCACACAGUAAUUCGAAUCUUAAAAAUUUCUAACAUAAAUAUUCCCGUAAAUAUCUUUGAUAAUAUUGAACUUAUAUGUAAAUGGGGUUGUGAUGGUAGUAGUGGCCAUUCGCAAUAUAAACAAAAAUUUAGUGAAUCAUCAACUACAACUGAUUAUGAUCUAUUCAUGUUUUCAAUGGUGCCAUUACAAUUACGGUUUACGGAUGAAUGUGGAGAUAAACAUAUUAUAUGGAAAAAUCCAAGAUAUUCUUCUACAAGGUUUUGUCGGCCGAUUAAGUUUGAAUUCAAAAAAGAAUCCGUUAUAAGUACACAAGAAGAAGUAGAAGCAGUAAAAUCUGAAAUUCUUAAUUUACAUCCCACUAUUUACAUGCAUGGUACACAAGAAAUCAAAAUUAAACAUACAAUGAUUUUUUCAAUGAUUGAUGGAAAAGUAGCAAAUUCUGUAACAAAAACAUCAAGCCAAACAUGUUUCAUAUGUGGCUGUACUCCCAUACAUAUGAAUAGACUUGAAAACAUGGAUAAAUUUUCCGUUGACCCAGAAACAUUUUCUUUUGGACUAUCUACCCUACAUGCAUACAUUCGAUUUUUAGAAUGUAUAUUACAUAUUGCAUACAGAUUAGAAUUUAAAACAUGGCAGGUGAGAUCGGUCGAAAAUAAAGUUAAGUUUUCUGAAAGAAAAAGUAUGAUACAAAACAGAUUUCGAACUGAAACCGGGCUAUUAAUUGAUGUUGUUUUGGAAGGUAAGGGAACGUCAAAUGACGGAAACACUGCUCGUCGGUUUUUUAAAAAUUGUGAUAAAAGUGCAAAUAUUACGGGUGUUGAUAAAAAUCUAAUUCAACGAUUCGGAAAUAUCUUAUUUGCUAUGUCAAGUGGUCACGAAGUCAAUGUACCAGAAUUUAAAAUGUAUACUGCAGAUACAGCAAAAUUAUUUAUUUCUCUUUAUCCUUGGUACAACAUGCCUAGUAGUGUACAUAAAAUUCUUAUACACGGAGCUGAUGUAAUAAAUGCAGCACUCCUCCCUAUAGGACAGUUAUCUGAAGAAGCAGCAGAAGCGAACAAUAAAGAAUACAAAAAGUUCAGAGAACACCAUACUCGCAAAAAUACACGUUAUAAUACAAAUGAAGACCUAAUACAUAUGCUAUUAGUAGCCUCUGACCCAUAUUUAUCUUCUAUAAGAAAAUUACCAAAAAAACCAAUACGUGAGCUAACAGACGAUGUAAUGUCAUUACUAAUUUUACCAGAUACUGAAAUAGAAGAAGAAAAUUACGAACCAUCUGACGAUGAUGAUGAAAAUGAUGGAGAAGAUGGAUUAGAAGAGGAUAGUGUCAGUUCCAGUGAUACAGAUCUAUAGAGUGAACUUUUCACAUGUUAAUUAUAUCAUAUUUAUGUAUAUAUUUUUACAGUUUGAAACAUUUACGAAAUUUAAAUAGUAAUAUUUUUAAUUUUUAAAAUUAAAUUUAUUAAAUAAUUCAUAUAUUCGGAAAUCAAUU